CACAGAGGCCGCCAGCAAGGUUGGUUGCAGGUGGUGAAGGUCAUCGGCGGCGCGUGCUUUGGCGGUUGGGAUUGUCGUUGGCUUUGACGGUUGGCGGCGGGUUCCCGUGCCCUUUUCCUCAAAGCCCCUGUCGGCAAUGGCGUGCGCCUCCUCGCUCUUCGCCGCGGUACCGCUCGCGCCACCCGUCGUCGUCUUCAAGAUAACAGCCGACUUCAAGGCGGACACGCACCCCAAGAAGGUCAACCUGGGCGUAGGUGCUUAUCGUACUGAUGAAGGUCAACCCUGGGUCUUGCCUGUAGUGAAGAAGGUGGAACUGGAGAUUGCUAAUGAUAACAGUCUUAAUCAUGAAUAUGUACCCAUUCUGGGCUUUCCAGAGUACACCAAACUUGCUUGUGAACUAAUACUCGGAAAGGACAGCCCUGCCAUUGCAGAAAAUAGGGUAGGUGGUGUGCAGUGUUUAGGAGGGACGGGUGCUCUUCGAAUGGGUGCUGACUUUCUGCGUCUUUGGUACAAUGGAACUAAUAACACAUCCACGCCUUUAUAUGUUUCUUCACCUACAUGGGCCAACCACAAUGGCGUAUUUGGUGCUGCAGGAUUUACUGACAUACGUAACUAUCGUUACUGGGACCCAGCCAAGCGUGGCCUCCAUCUACAAGGGCUUCUGGAAGACAUGGAGAAUGCUCCGGAAUUUUCCAUUUUUGUGCUGCAUGCGUGUGCACACAAUCCGACUGGUACGGACCCAACACCAGAGGAAUGGAAGAAGAUUGCUGAGGUCAUGAAGAAGAGGUCCCUUUUUCCAUUCUUCGAUGCAGCCUAUCAGGGCUUUGCAUCUGGUGACCUGGAUAAAGAUGCUUGGGCUGUUCGUUACUUCGUGAGCCAGGGGUUCGAGCUCUUCUGUGCACAAUCUUUUUCUAAAAAUUUUGGACUAUACAAUGAACGAGUUGGGAACUUGUGCAUUGUGGCCAAGGACACUGACAAUGUGACAAGGAUUCGCUCUCAAAUGGAGAAGAUAGCCCGGACUAUCUGGUCAAAUCCACCGGCUCAUGGGGCUCUAGUUGUCACCAGGACUCUGAGUAACCCACAGCUCUUGGCUGAAUGGAAAGGUAAUGUGAAGACCAUGGCUGACCGUAUUUUACUGAUGAGAGUACAGUUGAAGGAGAAGCUGCAGAAACUGGGGACACCAGGCACAUGGGACCAUCUCACUCAGCAGAUUGGAAUGUUCAGCUUCACAGGACUCGAUCCUUCCCAAGUUGAUUAUAUGGUAAAGAAGAAGCAUAUCUAUCUCAUGGCCAGUGGCCGUAUCAACAUGUGCGGCCUGACCUCUGGCAACUUGGACUAUGUGGCAGAAUCCAUUCACGAAGCAGUGAAGAACAGCCAGUGCCAGUAAUCUCACUCAUUUGACAAUGUGGCCACUGAAGCAACUUGCUUGUAGAUGUGAUUGUGUGUGUCUGUGUGUGUACCUGGAGAGGGAAGGGGGUAUUUUGUUUGGACUGCCUCCCUCCACUAUCCUCUGCCUAAUCUAACAAGUUAAUUGGUAAAGGAAAGCCCUGGCUUUGAGAAAUAAUAAAGCAGCCACAGAGAUGCUCAUUA